AACCUUAAAAUUAAAGCAAAGUUAAAAAUUGAAACUUUAGACGAUUAAUGGUUCUAGAAUGGCGACAAAAAGAAAACCGGAAACGCAAGUUCCAGCCGAAGAAAGUGAUCAACUACUUAUUCGUCCAUUAGGUGCUGGACAAGAAGUAGGAAGAUCAUGUAUUAUGAUAGAGUUUAAAGGCAAAAAGAUUAUGUUAGAUUGCGGUAUACACCCCGGUCUAUCAGGAAUGGAUGCUCUUCCGUUUGUUGAUUUAAUUGAAGCAGAUGAAAUAGAUAUACUUCUAAUAUCUCAUUUUCACUUGGACCAUUCUGGUGCAUUACCUUGGUUUUUAUUAAAAACCAGCUUUAAAGGGCGAUGCUUUAUGACCCAUGCCACUAAAGCUAUUUACCGGUGGCUGUUAUCUGAUUAUAUUAAAGUUAGUAAUAUAGCUACUGAGCAAAUGUUAUACACAGAAUCAGAUUUAGAAGCUAGCAUGGAUAAAAUUGAAACAAUAAAUUUUCAUGAAGAAAAAGACGUUUUGGGAGUGAAAUUUUGGGCUUAUAAUGCUGGUCAUGUAUUAGGAGCGGCUAUGUUUAUGAUAGAAAUUGCUGGUGUUAAGGUGAUUCUUUAUUUAAAAUCAUUAUAA